AAUUAAUAUUCAAACAAAUAUCACAUUCAAUUAAAUAUGAUCAUCAUUGUAUAAAAGAUUGUAAUAAUGGUGGCCGAUCAUCAACGUUAUCAUCGUCAUCAUCAAAUUAUCGUUCAAUUCUUUCAAAUAUUGAUGGCUAUGCUAGCCCUGGUCAAAUAUUGGCCAUUAUGGGUCCAUCCGGUAGUGGUAAAACAACAUUUUUAAAUAUAUUAAGUGGACGUACAAAACCAUCAAUCAGUGGUGAUAUAUCAAUGAAUGGACAAUCGAUGAAUAAACAACUUCGUCGUCGUAUAUGUUAUGUACUACAACAGGAUAUAUUUUUUCCAAAUCUUACAUUGAAACAAACAUUAAUGUAUACGGCAAGACUUCGAUUGCCAGAAUCGAUGAUGAAUAAUGAAAAAUUAACAUUGAUUGAUAAAAUAAUUGAAGAAUUGCAGCUAAAAAAUUGUGAAAAUACAAUAAUCGGUGACAUUUGUCAUCGUGGCCUAUCAGGUGGUGAAAAGAAACGAGCAAAUAUUGCCUGUGAAUUGUUGACAAAUCCAAGUGUUUUGAUUCUUGAUGAACCAACAUCUGGCCUUGAUUCAUGUACAGCACAUAAAUUGAUACAAAUAUUGAAAAAUUUUGCCCUAAAACGAAAAAAAACGAUUGUCAUGUCCAUACAUCAACCGUCAUCGAAAAUGUUUUACAUGUUGGAUAAUUUAUUGCUACUAUCUAAUGGUCAAUCGGCUUAUUUUGGCAAUACACAUGAUGUUGUACCAUUUUUCACUCGUAUUGGUUAUUGUAUCAAUAUACAUUAUAAUCCAGCUGAAUUUAUAUUGGAAAAAAUUAAAGAUAAUGAUUGUCAUUUGAAAAUUAUUGAUGCAGCUAAAGAAUUACCUAAAUCACCGAAAAUAUUGAAAAAAAUUGAUCUUCAAACCAUUGAUGUUCAUGAUCAUCCACAUCAUGAUGACCAUCAUCACGAUGACCACCACCACCACCAUCAUCAUCAUCAUUCAUCUGAUUAUAAUCAUCAUAAAUUUCCAAGCGAUAAUGAUUCGGGUCGGUCAUCUUGGUCUGAUCGUAGCUCUACAUUUUCAUCAAAUUCUUAUAUUCGUGAUGAAUGUGAAACGAAGAAAAACCAUAAUCAUCAUCAUUCGAAAAUAAUGGCAAAUGGUGAAAUUGAACAUUCGAAUAAUAAUAAGGAACGUAAAUGGCCAACAACAUUAUGGACACAGGUCAAAGUAUUGACUGAACGAAAUUUUCUUGAAGCACGACAUCGAAUGUUAUCGAAAUUGAAUUGGAUUCAAACUAUUGGUCUGGCAUUGGUUGUUGGAUUACUUUGGUUUCAAAUUGAACGCAAAGAAGAUACAAUGAAUGAUAUUCGUGGUUGGAUGUUUUUUGCCACUACUUAUUGGAUGCAAUUUGGCCUAUUUCAAGCAUUAUUAUCAUUCCCACCUGAACGUCAAGUUAUUAAUAAGGAACGAUCAUCCGGUGCUUAUAGAUUAUCUGCAUAUUAUAUUGCUAAAAUGAUUGGGGAAUUACCUCUUACCAUUGCAUUGCCAACCGUAUUCUUUAUCAUAUCAUAUCCAAUGUUAGGAUGGACUUGUUUCAUUACGGCCAUUUAUUUAUGGUUUUUUCUUAUCAUAUCAAUAAUUUGUGCUCAAAGUUUUGGCCUAUUUAUCGGUGCAUUGUGUUCAAAUAUUGAAGUUUCCGUUACCAUUUCGGCAUUAUAUUCAUUAUCAACAAUGUUAUUUGCCGGUUAUUAUGCAGCUAUACCAUCAUGGCUUUCAUGGACACGUUAUUUUUCUAUUAUUUAUUAUGCAUUUCAAAAUAUGCAGCUAAUUGAAUUUGGUGGAACAAAUCUCAGAUGUUCCGAAUCGUUAUCGAAAUUCCAAUAUUGUAAUCAAUCAUUGGAUAAAAAAUCUGCAUACAUUCCAAAAUUUGAAUUGGAAUCAAAUUUAGAUCUAAUGAAUCCAGAUACUAAACCAUUACCAAUAUGGUUCAAUACAAUAAUAUUGUUAUUAUUUCUAUUAUUAUUUCGAUUAAUGGGAUAUCUUGUAUUACGAUAUUCACGUAAACCAACCACCUGUUGACCUGAUCAUCAUCAUCAUAAUAAUAAUUCAACCAAAAAAAAAACAAAACAAAACAAAACAGAAACCAACGUGCCAAGAAAUAUUCCGAAAAAAUUUUUAAAAAAAAAUCAACAAACCCACACACACACACACACACACGUGUACACACACAUCAAAAUUGUAGAUGACUUAUUUUCAUUGCUCAGCUAAAUAAGAUAAAAAUCAUAUAUCACAAAACAAACCGAAACAUAAUCAUCAUCAUGAUCCAGAAAUACCGAUAAUAUAUCCAGUUUAUUCAACAAUAAACACAAACACUGGUCAUUUGAAAAGUUUUCAAUCAUCAUCAUCAUUUUUAAUUUAA